AUGAUGAAACCAUCAAAGAAGAGCGAGAUCGAGUUCUGCAAUGUGUGCCGAUUGCAUCACGACCAGGGUCCGCGCCACAAGUACUUCCCUCGCCACAAAGACUUCCUCUCUGCUUUCCUCGGUCGAUUCCGAUCCAAAUUAGCCGACGUCAGAUUCUUCCUCCGGAACCCUAUCCUUCUACGCCCACAAGAGGAGUCUCAAAACCGUGUUUGGUGUGUCUUCUGCGAUCAUGACAUCGUUGAGCUCGGUAGCUCCUUCGCCUGUUCUAAGGCAAUCAAUCACUUCGCAAGUUCCGAUCAUCUUAAGAAUGUCAAGCAAUUUCUUUGGAAACAUGGCCCGGCAAUGGAUUGCAUAGAAGAUUUCCGUAUCUCAGAAGCAGAUGUAGCCAAGUGGGGGAAAAAAUGCCAGUCACUAAGUAAUGAAGAUGCCUCUUCCUAUAAAGGGUCCUCUGGGCAGCUUUCUGGGACAUCUAAUGAUAUCCACAAUAAACUUGCGUUUGAAACUAUGGAUAGAAUUGAAAAUGUUCCUACACACCAUAUAAAUUCACAUCUUUCAAAUGAUGUUAAGCCUUUACAGUAUAAUACGUAUGAGUGCCAGAUAUCUCAUUCAGGGCUUCCUGGAGUUACACAGUAUGGAUCAUAUCCAAACAUGGAUGCUUCUCACUUCCCUCUGUCUGUUGAUCCGCUGAGUCAUCUACCAGGGAACGGGUUUGACAAGCAUUCCAUUCCUUGUAGAAGCAAGAAUUACUCGGGCAAUGGUAACUAUAGCACCCAAGAGAAUAAUCCAAUGUGCCAGGAUAAGAAACAAGUUGUGGGCAGUUACAGCUCUCCAGGUGUAGUGGGAAUGACUAGCAUUUCUUCCUUACAUUCCAGCUACGAUAGUGGGAACGUUCACUCUGGAGCUCCUCCCCCGUGGCUUGAUACAAAUGAUGGGAACGUCUCUAAUGUUCAACUAAACCAAUCAGAAACGAGCAGCUUUCAGAAAAAGAUUGCUGGAAAGACUUGUAAGCUGAAUCCUAAGAGGGUUGGCGCUGCAUGGGCUGAAAGGAGAAAGAUAGAGAUAGAGAUGGAGAAGAGGGGACUAGAAAUGAAUAGUAACACUGAUGCAGACUGGCUUCCUAAUUUUGGUCGGGUUUGGCAAUCAGGCACUCGAAAAGAAUCCAGAAAAGAAUUUGAGAAGGAAAAACGGAAGUUAGUCAAAACUGAUAGCAUCUCUAUUGAACCAGAACCAGUCCAGAUACAACCGUACAUUAGCAAACGGGCGCGAAGGGAGAGUGGUGAGUGA